ACAACAAAAUCCAUCCAUACCCAUACUUACAUAUAUAUACACACACACACCAACAAUUUAUUCAGGCAACACGAUCUCCACUUUCUGAGCUACAUAUAUACAGUAGUACUCCAGAUUCUUCUCGAUCGUACGGUUCAUAGAGGUGGUAUCUAUUAUGGCUCAAGCUCGAGUCUUCACGCUCUUGGUGCUCGCAGCUGCCGGUUGGGUGUCGGCCAUGGCAGCUAAUGCUCCGGCACCAACCGGGUGGCUGAAGGCACAUGCCACCUUCUACGGAGGCGCUGAUGCCUCCGACACCAUGGGCGGCGCGUGCGGGUACGGCAACCUCUUCUCACAGGGCUACGGCACGCGGACGGCGGCGCUGAGCACGGUGCUCUUCAACGACGGCGCCUCAUGCGGGCAGUGCUACAAGAUCGCGUGUGACCGCAAGAGAGCCGACCCCAUGUUCUGUAAACCUGGUGUCACGGUGACCAUCACGGCCACCAACUUCUGCCCGCCUAACAUGGCGCUGCCUGAGGGCGGCUGGUGCAAUCAGCAGCGCCCGCACUUUGACAUGGCGCAGCCGGCGUUUGAGAAAAUCGGCGUCUACAGCGGCGGCAUCAUCCCCGUCAUGUACAAGAGAGUUCCUUGCGUGAAGCGAGGUGGAGUCAGGUUCACAAUCAAUGGGCAUGACUACUUCAAUCUUGUGCUUGUGACCAAUGUUGCGGCUGCCGGCUCCAUCAAGUCCAUGGAUGUCAAGAGCUCGAAUUCGACCGAAUGGACCCCAAUGGCACGAAACUGGGGCGCAAACUGGCACUCUCUGGCCUAUCUCACAGGGCAACUGCUCUCGUUCAGAGUCACCGACACGGAUGGACAAACUAUUGAAUUCACAAACGUGGUGCCACAGGGAUGGAAGUUUGGCCAAACAUUUGCAUCCAAGUUGCAGUUCAAGUGACGAUGAGAGCUCCAUCAUCCAGGAUUAUUUCCGGUGACUCGUCACUAGUCACAGGAGUAUGAUUCAAAAAAGUUGCUGGUCAAAAUGCAUGAAUAAUGGAGUUGCUUGUGCUAGCUGUACGCUAUAUAUGUGCAUGACUUGUAUAUACCGCCUAUUCAUCAGAGCGACGGCUAUAUAUGACUUGUACCUCUCACUCUUUUUAUUUAUAUUGUAAUAAUAAUAGUCAUGUCUAAAUUCAAUUUAUAUGGUGUAUAUAAAUAUGUUCUU